AUGGCAGUGCAUUUUAUGGGUAACCCAGCAAUAACCAUCAUCAUUACCUACGCAGCUACAGAAGACAAAAGCGACGUGGAGAAAGACAUGUUCUACGACGACCUGCAAAGGUAUACACAUGACGUUCCAUCACAUAACGUCCUGAUACUCGCUGGAGAUCUCAACGCAAGAUUGGGAUCUGAUAGCCACACAACAAAUCCACGAACAAUUGGCAAAUACACAUACCAUCAUUCGACCGACGACAACGGCAACGGACUCGCCAAUUAUUGCGAAGCCUGUAACAUGCGUUCAACACAAACUCGCUUUCCGCAGCCACAAUCAAGAUCAUGGGCCUGGCUACAUCCAAAUGGCAAAUCCAAAGCUCAACUUGAUCAUAUCCUUAUCAAUGGAAAAUGGUUGAAUUCAAUCCGAAAUGUUCGUGCAUACAACACAGUCGAAUUGAACUCUGAUCAUCGAAUUGUUAGUGCGCAACUAUCGAUCAGCGUGCGAGCAACGAAAGAAAACAAAAACAAGAGAAUCAAACUCCAUCAAUACCCUCAAGAUGCUCGUGAAAUUGAAGCUGCAGCAUCACGUCGUACUAUAGUUCCGUGGCAAUUAAAUCCGAUCACAUUGUUAACAAUGUCGGUAGCAGCAGCACUAGAAUCGGUUGCACUUUUUUUUACUAAUGAACAGGUGAAAGCAAUCAUAUACGCUAAAUUAACUGGUCAUAGGAUAACUCAAUUGAAUCAAGUUCGACCAAUUCAAAUCAAUAAAGUUACUCCUAACCAUACAGAACUAAAACCUGUUCAAAAACUACCCAGUAUUUAUUAA